UCUAGAGAAUCGUCGCUUGUUGUUGCAGAUUGAAUCGUCCGCAUGUCUGGGCUAGGCUGAUUCUGACGUGCUUGGCCCGUGUGUGCCAUUUUCUGUUGAUGAGAAAAGGGAGUGAUCUGUUUCCUGUGCCCAUCAAGCGGAAGCAGCCGGUGACAGACUUGCACAUCCAUGCGAAUGCAACAUUGCCGACCGCAAGCGGCUCAGCGGCACAAGCCGGCACCUCGCGCCAGGCAGCGACGUCGAGUGCAGGCGCAGGUCCUCCGCUCUCCUUCUCUUCCGCUGUCCGAGCAGGUGUGCAGCUUGGAAUACAUGGGGGAUCCCUCGGUCUGCAGCGAGAUAAUUGCAUUUCGACUGCGGUCUCCAGGCAAGAUGCAGACGCAGGCGCAACCACCAAACAAACAAGCCAGAGGACGUCACGGCUUCAGUCGCAGUCUGGUCGUGCGCCGGACACAACUGCAGCACGGGAAUCCCGCGAGGCGCGCCUCCUUAGGGACGGGACCACUCCACCCGCGAGUUGUACAACGAGACCAACAGGAUCUCCUUCUGCCGGUAAGAAGUCACUGUCCAGUGGUGCGAAGGAACAUGAAGGCAGCGUCGCGCUCGCCAACCAGCAAAAAAACGCUCUCCCAAAAGCGCUUACGCAGAUCGCGGCAGACGAGAACAGCAAAAAGAAGCCGGAAAACGCGGUGGCAGGGGCUGCAGAGCAGGAACGAGCGAGGGCGCUGCUGACCGGCAAGGGCGGUUCUGGAAACCCAGCUCUAGUAUCGGCUGCCUCGACUUCUCCGUCCGCUGGCGGUGUCGAUGAACAAAAGCGACCUGGACCGUCAGCCGGAGGCCGAGACUCUGGCCGUGUAGCCGUUCAGGAUGUUGAACAAACCAGUGGUCGUACAGAGCAGAGUAAAGCAGCGACGUCGGAGGCUGCUGCGGGGGACCCGACCAGUAGCAAGGCAUCCAGGGCAGAGAAGGCAAAGAAGCUUCUGCAGAGCCACCGAAACUUUCUGAAGUACAUGCAGACUGGGUUGGCCAAUUGCUCGACCAAAAAUGCCGCCGUGGACGAGACCACGCAUCCGUUUCCGGAGCGCAAAAUCCACUACUGCAUCCAGUUCGGGAAUAACAGCGCGCUGAUCCGGCAGUUACUGCGGCAAAUCAAGUGCUUUGCGCCGACGUUGGGGGAUCCACAGAAUCGGUUUUCGCACGUGCGCUAUGAAGAGAAGAUUGCCACCGUGACACCGAAGGAAGUAUGCCAAUUGCACGACGUAAACCUGACGCCCUGCGACUUUCUCUGGACGCAGUACAAGUGUCGCAAGUUUUUCGACGUAAUGCGGGGGCAGGCGGACGAGUUUGCUUUCGUGUCCAAGAACACCGAGGACGCAUGCGAAAUCUCGAUGCUGCCCCCCGGGCGGGCUCGCAAGCUCGUAGCAGCGCUCGCCCAGAAGCAAAAUCGCACGAAGAGUCCCACGCGCGGCACUGCACAAGUGCCAGCGGGCACCUCGUCGAUCUCGAUUGGCUUUGGCAGAGGCAUCGGCGCGACUAAGCCGCCUGCAAAAGCUGUGGCCACGACGCCUCUCGCGAACAAAACUAGGGACGUGAUACAGGAACACGCUCGAACUCUGUCUACCCAAUUGUCUCCGAGCAACACGGGGAUGGUAGGCCCAGGAAGUACACCGAUUAUGCCGGAAACAACUCCUCCAAAAACGGCUCGGGGACCAACGGAAGAUGGUGCCACACCAGUUGCUUGCUCAAGUCCAACAUCAAAAGGCACGCCCGCCCGGCUCAAGCUUGACGUGCCCGUUCGUCAGGAGGACUCGUCACUAGUGGUCUCCUUUUCAUCGGGAGCCGAGGACGUCGAGAGCACUUCUGCCGGUGAAAAUUCAUCCUCGGCCGCUUCCUCAAUUCCGCAGGGCGUUACACCGGCCGGAGCGACGCCGUCGAGCGUACUUGGCACUGCCAGCGAGGGACCGCUGGAGGAAAGAACGAUCCUGCCGUCCCACUCUUCCACUGUGGAUACAUCUUCAAGUGGAGGUUGCGAUAAUGUGCCAACCGCUACGACAGAAACUCCCUCGUCUCGGACUUCGUCAUCCUCUGCGAGCAGUACGGCUAGAAGUGGCAAACCGACGUCAAGACGAGGACAAGCAAACGGGACGACGACGAGCAGAAAUAAAUCCGCAAUAUUAUCGUCAUCUCCAUCUCCCAUGGCGUUUCGAGACCUUCCGAAGGGUGGCGGUACAAGUACAACUCCUCUGCGCCACGAAAGCCGGUUCGUAGACGUUAGAAAAAGGCCGUGCGCGUACCACAAUCAUUUAGAGGGUAACCAGGUGCUAUGCACAAAAAUCGGGCUCUUCGAGUGUCUGCGGCGCCAUCUGGGCAUCCCUGGCGUCUACCAGAUUUUGCCGUUUGCCUAUGUGGUGCGGAACGAGGAGGACAUCGAGAAUUUCGCCGACAUAUACAACAUGUCCCUGUCCGCAAAGAAGGCCGCGUUCUUGCCCGCGGACGCCUACAGUCGACGUGGCACCGAAGACAAUAUUUCCGCCAGCGGGCGCGGUUUGGAAGAUCAAGAUGCAGAUGAUUGCGGUCGUGAAACCAAAGAAGACAGUACUUCUUCGAGUUCUUGCGCAGGCAGCGAUGCAGGAGCUGCAAGUGUGCAGCUUGCGAACAAUCGACAAGAAGAAGAAGCACCCCUCGAAACGUCGGCGCUGAAAGAUGACCAGUGGAACAAACGGGACGGCGCUUCUUCGAAAGGUUCGCUGCCCGCCACAGAGGUGGAUGCGAGUCGGAAAUCUUCAGUGUCGCUGCACACCACCAGCGCAGAUGCAAACACGAAAACAAAAAAUUCGGGAACCAAGAACGCACCAGGUAUGGAUGGUCUGAGUACCACUCCACUUGAUGAGGCGGAGGCGCGCGAAAGCGGGAGUGAAAGCACCGCCACGAAGAUGGACGACGAGCAGCAGGAGAAUGUGCGCGGUGGUACCAUCGAGGACGCCGGAGAUGAACAGAGCAACACUGCCACUGCAGCGACUGAUACAGGUUCAUCAGAAUCCAUUGAUGAGACACGACAUCAAGUCAACCCAGAGGACGGUUCCGAGAGGACUAGACAAACGCAGGAGCCGCUCAGUGGUGGCGUCACUCGUGUUGUGGAAAAAGCCAAGACCCAGGACACGAUUGAUCCAAGUACUACAAGUGCCGAGGCAGGCGGGGCUGCUGUGUGUAAAAAUAAUCUUCAGACUGCUAAAACGCGCGCAACAUCGAAGUCCAAGAAGGCAAAGGCGAGCGGCGUGCGUGGCAACGUGUGGCUUCUGAAGCCUGGGCUUUUCGCGAAUCGCGGCACGGGGAUCGAAAUCUUGACCGAAUUGGAAAAGAUCCAGGCGCACCUGCGGAAGAAGAUCCACAAGUAUCCUUUCCUCCUGCAGAAAUACAUCGAACGGCCCUUUUUGGUGGAAGGCAGGAAGUUCGACAUUCGUGCCUACGCACUCGUGCUUGACGAGUGCGAUGAGGCGGACGACGAGCAGCCCUCGGGUGUUGAAAGCAGUUAUGGUACCGCGAUCGGUAGUGGAGUUGCGGCACAGGAGAUGAAGCAGCCGCCUGAUGCUGGUGCAUCUUCGCGAAAGAACGACGAUGAUCCUGAUCGUAUCGCCAGCGAGCAAAACAGAUCCAAGUCCCCGAAGAGCGUGGGGGAUGCGCUCGAGGCUUACUACUAUGUGGACUACUACAUCCGCACGACGAGCACCACCUACAGCUGUUCCGACUUUGCGAACCGGUUGAAGCACCUGAAUAACGACGCUGUGCAAAAACACGGGUCCGACUACGGAAAGUUCGAAAGCGCGAACAAGUUGUCCAUUCCCGAGUUCCAAGCCUAUUUGGAGAAGAACCGGUACAGCAACAAAGGGUUCUCCACCACGGUCCUAACGGAGCAGAUCAAGGCCCAUAUGCGGACAGUGUUCACCGCCAGUGCUUCGCUGCUGAACCCGCGCCGGAUCCCCGGGUAUCAUAGUCGCGGCUUCUUUUGUUGAUUGUUGAGGCGUGUCUUGAGCCAAAACUGUAAGUACAGCGUCCCGUCAUGUUUUCUUGAAGAUUUACAGACGGUGGCGAUCCACAAGCUACAGACAUGAUGAUCCAUUUGCUGUGGGGGACGGGGACAACAACCAAUAGCGAUACGCCAUCGAAAAAUGAUAAUAAGGUGCUACGAGAUGUUUGGGUUCGACUUUAUGCUGGACACGGAUUUUCGGUGCUGGCUAAUUGAGGUGAACACUAACCCGUGCUUGGAAUUGUGCAAUGCACACUUGGCAACCAUUCUGCCGCCUCUCAUCGAGUCUACUAUUCGCAAGAAGGUCUUCAAAAACUUCGGAAAGUGGGACCACAAGUGGGAGCGGCUCGAUCUCGGUGGAUAGGUUCAAUGGAACGUCGUCGGUUCCGCAAUGGCACUCAAAUCAUUUUUCCAUGCAUGACUCUAGCGCUUCUUGGUGAAAAAGAAAAUCACAAUGAAGAGUCCGACCCC